AUCCAAUAUUCUUAUUACAAACUAAGAAGCUUAAACCCUAUAAAAACCCACCAUAAAUUAAUUAAGAAAAAAAACCCCUUCAAAUAUUUACAUUUAUUCAUAAAUAAAAUUUCUCUUCCUUUUGCUGAUGUCUUCUACACCAUUAGAGCAGCAAUCACCACCACCACCAUAUGGAGGAGUGACCCAACAAGCCUACACGGUUCAUAAGGGUCAAGGGUCGGUUGGACCUGUCAUAGCCGUUCUUACAGUGAUCACAAUCCUCGGUAUCAUUGCUGCAAUGAUCGGGAGACUGUGUUCAGCCCGCCGUCGUAUCAUGGGCCAUGCUCCAUCGUAUGAUUGUGAAAGUUGGGUCGAGAGGAAGUGCUCUUCUUGCCUUGACGGUCGACCCGACAUUUAUCCGCCUCGGGAGGCGCCGGUUGUGACGGUUCCUAUAGAGGAUACUCAUCAAGAAAUCAAGGAAGAAAAGAGUGAAGAAAGGUACUCGAGUUAAAGGACAAAAGCAACAUGAAAGUAGGAGUGAAACUCAAUUAUUAUUAUUAUCAGUUUGUAGUAUUUUUUUUAAUAUACAAAUAGAUUCAACCAAACUAUUGAAUCGAAUUAACCAAACCCAUAAAUUAAUAAUUUAAGUAAUUCGAUGAUCGAUUCGAUAUAAAAAAUAUUAUAAGAAA